CUCAGAAUGCUAAGGUCGUGCCAUUAGCUUUUGAUUUAAGCGAAACACUUACAACUACCUAAGAUCUUUCUUAUUUCGAAGAAACUUAAUUUCUUCUCCCUUUCAAAGAUCUAGCUACAUUCAUGGCUCUCUUCGACACUCAUAACACAUGGGCCUUUGUUUUCGGCUUGCUCGGAAACCUCAUUUCCUUUGCUGUUUUCCUCUCUCCCGUGCCAACGUUCUACAGGAUUUGUAAGAAGAAAACCACAGAAGGAUUUCAAUCUCUUCCUUACGUGGUGGCGCUCUUCAGCGCAACGCUUUGGCUCUACUACGCUACUCAGAAGAAAGAUGUCUUCCUUCUCGUCACCAUCAACUGUUUUGGUUGCUUCAUCGAAACCAUCUACAUCUCCAUCUUCGUUGCCUUCGCAACCAAAAAAGCCCGAAUGCUCACAGUGAAGCUUUUGUUGCUAAUGAACGUUGGAGGAUUCUGUGCGAUUCUUCUUCUCUGCCAAUUCUUGACUAAAGGAGCCACACGUGCGAAGAUCAUUGGAGGAAUCUGUGUCGGAUUCUCUGUUUGCGUUUUCGCUGCGCCGCUUAGCAUUAUCAGAACGGUGAUAAAGACGAAAAGUGUGGAGUACAUGCCGUUUAGCUUAUCCUUGACUCUUACCAUCAGUGCGGUCAUAUGGCUCCUUUAUGGUCUUGCUCUUAAAGAUAUCUACGUUGCGUUCCCUAACGUGAUUGGGUUUGUGCUCGGUGCACUACAAAUGAUACUUUACGUGGUUUACAAAUACUGCAAAACGCCGUCGGAAUUGGUUGAGAAAGAACUCGAAACUGCGAAGUUGCCUGAUGAAGUGAGCAUCGAUAUGCUGAAGCUAGGCACACUAAUUGCUUCACCUGAACCAGCGGCGAUCACAGUUGUCCGACCGGUAAACAUGUGUAACUGUAACGAUCGAAAGGUUGAGAUUGAAAAUGGUCAGGGGCUAGUUAGAAACACUGCAGCAGCAGCUACAUGAAGUGAAGUUACAAUAUUUUAAGAAACCUAUUUGUUGACUAUUUGACUUUGUACCCUUCUUGAUAUACCCACCACCAAUCACCGUCGUUCACGUGUACUUGUUUCAGCUGUCGUAGUUUUCUGAGAUUAUCAAAAAAAGUGUGCGAAGUUGAGGAUUAAAUUACUUGGGAAUUAACAUUUUUCCUGAGUUAAUUUUUCUCUUCUUCUUUUAAUUAUGGGAUAAUGUAAUUAUAUUAUCUGUUCGAUAUAAAUAUUUCUUAUUUUCCAAGUUGAAAAUA